GACGGUCUUAACGUCUGCACAAUUUGCAAAGCAUUGAUAAGCAAUACGGUGUCAAGUCUAAACCCGUUAAUAGAAUUUCGAUAUGAAGUACACGUUUGUGUUUUGUUUCGCUGUGGUGAUCGUCUUCGUAGCGGGUCUUUCGAACGCGGCUCCCGUCGAUGAAGAAUUCUUAGACGACACUAACCAAGAACACGUUCGAGUUAAAAGGGUUACCUGCGAUGUCCUCAGCGUCGAAGCUAAGGGAAUUAAGCUAAAUGACGCAGCUUGUGGCCUACACUGCUUGUACAAAGGGAGGUCGGGAGGUUACUGUAACGGAAAGCGCAUCUGCGUUUGUCGUUGAGUUUAUCAAUGCUUUUUUGUUGUUAUUACUUAUUUCACUAUUGAAUAAAUUGUUAUUUUCACCCAAUUUCUUCAUUUUGAUUCA